UUUUUCAGGGUUCGUCUAGAGUUAAUGCAGGAAAAGCAAGUAAAGAUGAUGAUUUCUACAGUAAUAUGGCAGCCAUGGCGGAUGAUAAUCCAGAUUCUGAUAUAUCCGAGGCAGAUCUUAAUCAAGUGGCCAAAUCAAUAGCAGAUCUUGAUGAUAUGGAUGCGGAUUUAUUUGGUGGACCAUCAAAAAAGAGUAGUGUCAAGGGUCGUUCAGGGAAGCCUACAACGCCUCGUAGAUCCAGUUUAACUCCUCGCUCCCGCAGUGGAACACCACGAUCUGGAAAGACAGGUUCACCAAGACGUCCACCGACUCCAGGGUCACCAACACGUAGUGGUGACUCUAGCCCUAGACGAACUGCACCGAAGUCCCCGUCGCCUCCCACUCCUCAAGUAGAGUAUAAACCAGGGACAGCACCAGGUAAAAUGACAGAUAUGGGGCGAGAAAGUGAAAAUUUAAAACCAGGUCAAUCAAACAAGAUUGGAGAACGACCUCAAACUGUUCCUAAAGCCAAACCUAAAAUAGAUUUCGGAGAGUUUGAUGAAGAUGAUCCGCUGGCUGGUCUGUUAUCAGAUGAUGAAUCAGAGAUACAAGUUAAAAAACCUUCGUUAAAACCACCGCUAAAACAUCAGACCUCUUCCGAUGAUGUCAUAGCAACACAAGAUACAGCUUUACCUGGUAAUACAGACAAUAAGCCAGCAGACAAUAAACCAACAGCAGGAGCUGACGCCACACCUAGUUUAUUCGAUCGUCCACCUACCAGAAGUGGAACUGAUACGGCAGACACCGAGAGAAGUACAGACGUCAAACCCAAACCAGUUGUAAAGAAAAGGGAAGAGAGAUUAUUUAGCGAUGAUGAAGACAUGUUGGACGGCCUGGGCAUCGAUGAUAAACCUAAAACACCCAUACAGGCGGUAUCUAAAGAUCGCGAGGAAGACGUCCGACCAGCCAGAAAUGUUUUAGACAGUCUCCUGGGUAAAGAUAGCGUAAAUAAACACCUACAGAAAACAGAACGGAAAGAAUUUAUACUGGAUAAAAAAUUUGCAGAAAAAGAUCAAGCUGGUGAUGAUGAAGAUGAUUUUAUAUUUGGUGAUUAUAAACCUUCAUCUGUUGUUGGUUCUAGACCUACGUCACGGAGAUCGGUCAGGUUUCAGGACGAUGAUAUAUUUGGUACCGAUGACAAACCUCCAUCCAGAGGGCGCUCUGAUUCGGGCCGACCUAAAACACCUGAUGAUAUGGAUUGGUUAGAAUUGGCCUCAGGGAAUAGGACAUCUAUAGACACGCCAAAAGUUCCGGAGAAAAAAGAAUUGAAAUUUACCCCCAAAUCUGCCCCUUCUGAUUGGCUGGGAUUAAAAGAUUCACCCAAUGAUGAUGAGGAUGAUGAUAUAUUUAAGUCUUCUACUCCCAACCAAUCAAAAGGCAGGACAGAUAAUAUAUCUAAAACCUUAAAUCGAGAUAUCGGCAAUGAUGAUUGGCUAGAGAGAUUGAAAGCAAUGAAUGAUGAUGGGAGUGAUGGGAUUGAAACAGAUACAAAGAAAGAAGAAAUAACUCCUGCUAGGAAAGUGGAGACAACUCCUGCUAGGAAAGUGGAGACAACUCCUGCUAGUGCAGCAGAUGAUUAUUUGGGUUUGGGAGAGGAAAUAGAUUUAGAUGAUAUUCUCAGAACAAAGCCCGAGUCACCCAUAUUACCUGGUAGACAAUCUACAACAAACAACAAUGGCAGUGUUAAUGGUAGUUAUCAGAGAAGAAGGAUAUUACUGGACGAUGAUGAUGAUAUAUUCCCAGCGAGAGAAACCAACGUCACCAAUCAUAAUCAAGAUAUAUCAACAAGUAUUACCAGCCCCCGUGUUCCAUUAUCAUCAAAAUUAGCUGAUCUACAAGAACUUGAUGAAAGUCCGUAUUUUAAAAAGAAACCACAGUCUCAAGCAUCCAGGCAACAGCAACCAAUUAUCCAGACAUCUGUAUUUCCUAGUCGAGACCCAGAAGUUCAAAGCUUGCGUAACGUAAAUACUCUCCCUUCUGCUUCUAUCAGUGGUCCAGCUGUCAGUCAUCACAACAUGUCCGCUAAUCCGUCGGCAGGUUAUCAACACAAUACACCUCAGUAUUACACUCCACAGGUGAUGCCCCAAUCAUCAUCCUUCUCUAGUCCACAAAAUAUUAUAUUACCUAACUCUAUACCUGAAGCUCAUGCAAUGCUACAGAAGUUACAAAUAGAAAAACAAUAUACCGAAUCCCUUCUAGAUGGUACAAAACGUAGAUAUGAGGAAGAAAUCAUCGCCGUGGAAACAUCUUUUAGAAAUCGUAUGAGAAUUUUAGAAGAAUCGAACUCGAAGAAAGAAUCAAGAUUACGUGAAGAAAAUGAACAACUAAUGCAACAACAUUUAACUCGUGUUCGUCAGAUGGAAGAAGAGAAAGCAGAACUAGCCAAUCAGAAUUACAGUAAAUUAGAAGAACUGGAAAGACAGAGAGCGAAAGAUGUAGAAACUAUUAAAGAACAACAUCGGAUUUCCUUCAGUAUAUUAAAACGUGAACACGAGGAAGCCAUUGAAAGAUUAAAAGAAGCAAAGAAUCUAGAAAUAAACGCUGUAGCUAAUGCUAACGAUACUUCAAGGAGUUUAACGGCUGUAGUGGAACAGAUUCAGACUAGUGCCAAAGAUAUAGGAUCUCUCCAAUCUCAAGUUGAGAGUAUACAUCGUAGUGGUCUGGAUGAAAGGGAGAUAAGUCUAAAAGCUAAAGAUGAACAACUUAAAAGUUUACAAGAACGAUUAUCCAGACAGGAAGAAGAUAAUGAACGUGAACGAAAGAGACUGGAAGAUCUAAUUGCAAGAAUGGAGACACAAAUGCGUGAACAGACCAGACUUUUAGAUGAAGAAAGAUGGAAGAUGAAAGGUGACAUGAGUCGACUUGAAGCCAAUCAAAGAUCUUUAGAGGAGGAGAAGAGAAUGUGGCUAGAACAACAGUCACGAGAACGUGCUGCUCUCGAACGAGCCAGGGAAAAUUUCCAAGAAGAAAAUCGCACAGCAUUAAGUCAACUAAACAAUGAGAGGAGAAAUCUGGCGGAGGAAAGAAUGAAGUGGACCGUAGAUUUAAAACUAAGUCGUGAACAAUCACAUCAAGAAGCUAUCAAAAUGGCCCAGACGGAAGCAGAAUAUGAAGUUUUAACAAAAUCAAUUGCCGAGGAGAAAACAAGAUCAUCUGCUCGAAAACAGGAAUUACAGAUGGAAGAAGAUCGAAUCGCCAACGAAAGGGGUUGUCUUGAACGAGAGAAAUUUUCAAUCGAAAAAGAAAAAGAACGUUUAUCUAAUAUGGCAUUACAGAUGAAAUCUAAAUCAGCUGAAAUUGAUUCAAUGACUGAGAUGGCGAACAGAACUCAGAGUGAAGGAGAUAGAUCAUUAAUGGAGGCUAAAAACGUUGAAUCUCAACAGAAUCAAAGAUUGGCUAAAAUACAACAAGAAUUACAGCAAUUAAAGUCAAUGGAGGACAAUAUGGCUCAGGAGAAAUUAAAGAUAAGUAAAGAAAGAGAAGAAUUACAGAAUUUACGGAAUUCAGCUUUAUGUGUGAAUUGCCGUUCACCGUUAAAUGGAGCAGCUCCACCUAAUGGUAUUCCAAUGAUCAAUUCAUCUCAAGUGAUGAUGUCAUCACCCAUACCAGGAGUGCAUGCUGGGAGAUAUUCUAGUGUGAUGUCCAAUGGUUUAGGUAGAGGUCAGCUGUCCAUGAAUGCCAUAGAAACCAUUACAUCAUCCAUAGCUGCGGACAGAUCCAUCAGAAUGUGGAAAAUACAAGCUUUAAAGGAUAAAGAUUAUUUAGAAGAAGAAAGUAUGUUUCUAGAGACAUUAAAACAUUCACCGUAUCAUGGUGGAGAGAAAUCAUUUCAUUGACGUUAAUUUUACUUACUUCUUAUUUUGAUUCUUCUUUAUCCUUGAUUACAAGCAAUUGACCUUAUGGAGACCGUGAGGUAAAGCACAUUACAUGUACCCUAUAUGGUUGUGUAAAUAGAUAAGAUGUAAAAUUUUACUUGCCAGUGAAUUUUUAAUAGCCAUGUUACAGUGAAUUUGAAAUAACAAUGUUAUGUUACAGUGAAUUUUAAAUAACUAUGUUACAGUGAAUUUUAAAUAGUUAUGUUACAGUGAAUUUUAAAUAACUAUGUUAAUUUUAAAUAUCUAUGUUACAGUGAAUUUUAAAUAGCUAUGUUCAAGUGAAUUUUAAAUACUUAUGUUACAGUGAAUUUUAAAUAGCUAUGUUACAGUGAAUUUUAAAUAACUAUGUUACAGUGAAUUUUAAUAAGCUAUGUUACAAUGAAUUUUAAAUAGUUAUGUAAAGUAAAUUUUAAAUAACUAUGUUAUGUUAUAGUGAAUUUUAAAUAGCUGUGUUACAGCGAAUUUAAAUAACUAUGUUACAAUGAAUUUUGAAUAGCUAUGUUAGAAUGAAUUUUGAAUAGCUAUGUUACAGUGAAUUUUAAUAUCUAUGUUAAAGUGAAUUUUAAGUAACUAUGUUAUGUUACAGUGAAUUUUAAAUAGCUAUGUUACAGUGAAUUUUAAUAAGCUAUGUUACAAUGAACUUUAAAUAGUAAUGUUACAGUGAAUUUUAAUAAGCUAUGUUACAGUGAAUUUUAAAUAGCUAUGUUACAUUGAAUUUUAAACUAUGUUACAGUGCAUCGUUGUGCAGCAGCAAAUUUUUAAAACAAUGGAAUGAAAAGGGGUUUUAACAUCUGGUCAGCACAAUACAUUGGUUAUUUUGAAUCUAACAAAUUUUAAAAAAAUUAUUUCUGGAUUCAAACUACUCAGUUAUUGAAGUGUUUUAUUGAAAUAAUUUGUGAUCAGUGGGUUUGUAAAGGAUUGUUUUGAAUGUUUAUAAUAUAGUAAAUGAACGUAGAUAUACAAUGUUUUUAAUAUAUAUUGUAGACAUAUAGUAUUAUUAAUAGAGGAAGUGGUGCUAUAAAGAAAUAGAUAUACAUUGUUGUUAUUUAUAACAUAAUAACCUUAAGUUUCAUAUAAGUAGUAACAUGGUGUCAUACUAGAGGCAGGGUAUGCAUACUCCAUCUAGAACAACUGAUACUAUGGACAUGGACUGGAAUAGUAAAAAGUGUUGUACUAGAGACAGUGUAUGCUUACUCUAUCUAGAACACCUGGUAUCACUUAUACUACAUACAGGAGUAGUAACAAGUGUUGUACUAGAUGCAGGGUAUACUUACUUCAUCUAGAACAUCUGAUACCACAACUAUAUACAAGUAGUAACAUGGUGUGACACUAGAGACCAGAUAUGCUUACUCUAUCUAGAACAUCUGAUACCACUUAUACUAUAUACAGGGACUAGUGACAAGGUGUCAUACUAGAGGCAGGAAAGAACACAUCAUACCACUUAUACUAUAUACCGGGAGUAGUAACAUGGUGUCAUACUAGAUGCAGGGUGUGCUUACUCCAUCUAGAACACCUGAUAUUACUACUAUAUACAGGGAGUAGCAACAUGGUGUCAUACUAGAUGCAGGGUAUGCUUACUCCAUCUAGAACAACUCAUACCACUUAUAUUAUAUACUGGGAGUAGUGAAAAGGUGUCAUACUAGAGGCAGGAUAUUCUAGAAGAUAUGAUACCAUUUCUCAUUCCUAACUUAUUUAAGUUGUAAUCCAUUAAAAUCCUUCUUCAUGUUAGACUUAACUAUGUCUCUUUAAUAAUAUUAAACAUGCAUUAUGAAAGAGCUGUCUAUUGCAGGUCUUUCUUUAGGCCAGAAAUGUUAUCUAAAUUAUUAAUUAGACAUUAAUUAACUUAUCCAGACCAUAAUCAACUCUAGAUGACAUCGCUAGCCUGCAAUCUGUAGUGGAUUGUGAACCGAUUUACUGCAUAACUUUCCUUCACGAUUGAACGAUUAAAUGGAUAAUCAAGACUAUGCUGUUUAUUGUACUGACUUUAGUAAUGAUGAACAAGGCUAGGCAGAAAUUUCAUUCGCUUAAUUCUGGGUUCAUAGUGGAUCAAUUUGAAUGAAAUUUUCAGCAAAUUGUCUUUACGUUAUCUAGUUUUUAACUAUUAUAAUGAGAACUGCCAACUCGUUAUUGAAUCUCCCAUAAUGUAUCUUUAAACUGUUAACUUAUCAGUUUUAAAUGGCCAGUAAGCAUGAUUUUAUAAUAUUUGAAUAUACAAUUUGAUGAGAGUCUGUUUAGUAAGUAGUGAAAAAUGAAAAAAAGUUUUAUGUGGUCAGAAUGUUUUAGCUUUAAAGCCUAUGAUAUUGUCAAAAUGUUUUAGCUUUAAAGCUUAUUUUGUCAAAAUGUUUUAGCUUUAAAGCUUAUUUUGUCAAAAUGUUUUAGCUUUAAACCCUAUGAUAUUGUGAUAUUAGAAUGUCUAGUUCAGUACUUACAAAUACUAAAGGGUUAUGUGUUCGAUUAAUCGAUUCAGAUGUUAUGGUUGUGAUCCAGGGGCAUGUACGUAACAAGGAGUCUGGUCGACGACCUAACCUCGGUGGUCUUCUCUUAGUUCUUGGGCUGCUAAUUGAUCCCUUCCCACAAGCAAAAUAUUAAAAUAAUGUUAGUCCCCAAAAUGACCUUUUUAUUUUUGGGGGUGGAUGUUAAUUCUUAUUUCUCUCUUUAGUUUGAAUAAAAAUAUCUAUUUAUGACCUGUACAUUGUGUCUUGUAAAUGGUGCCUAUAUAGACUUGAACAUAUCAGUUUUGUAUAUUGUGUCUUGUAAAUGGUGCCUAUAUAGACUUGAACAUAUUAGUUGAUUUUAUAUUCAGUAAUAAAAUUAAUAAACUAUUUAAUAAACACUUACUU